CAUUCCUCCACACACUCUGCUGCUGUGAGCUGUGCGCUGAGCUUCUCCUCUCCACUCAACACAAAACAACCUGUCACACUCAGUUCUCCCAUAUUAUUGUUUUUUUUUUGUUUGUUUUUUUUUGUUCCUCAACAGUAGCCUUGAUUUUGGGUUUCUCUUGUCUUGUCUGUUAUGAAGAAGAAGCAGCUGGCUGGCCACUGUGGAAAGUUGACCUCAGCCUAUCAAACUGGUGUGAUAAUAAUUGUCUCUGCCACUGGUCACUGUCUCUGUAGCCCAGAGAGCAUGGCUCUGCAGCCAGUGAAUGGGAGUGAGCUGGAGGCAUCGGCAGGCUGUGCAGAGCAGGGGAACCUCAGCUUGGUAGUUAACAUCAGCUGCAGCAACUCCUCCGUCCUCAGACCUUCAACCAGAGUCAAAGAGAUGGACUCGCUGCGUAUCCUGCUCUAUGUGCUCAUCUUCCUGCUCAGCGUCUUUGGCAACCUGCUGAUCAUUUUGGUCCUGAUGCUGAACAAGCGCAUGCGGACUGUCACCAACUCUUUCCUGCUGUCGCUGGCAGUCAGUGACCUGAUGAUGGCCAUCUUCUGUAUGCCCUUCACCCUCAUCCCCAACAUCCUCGAGGACUUCAUCUUUGGAGCCUCCAUGUGCAAGAUUGUGACCUAUUUUAUGGGAAUCUCUGUCAGCAUCUCCACCUUCAGCCUCGUCGCCAUCGCCAUCGAGAGGUACAGCGCCAUCUGUAACCCGCUGAAGUCGCGCGUUUGGCAGACUCGGUCCCACGCCUAUCGCGUCAUCGCCACCACGUGGGUGGUUUCGCUGCUAAUCAUGAUUCCAUACCCGGUGUUCAGCCACAUCAAGACUUUCCCCAAGUUCAACGGCACUGUGGGACACAUGUGUCGCCUGUACUGGCCCAGUCAUCAGGCUGAACAGACCUGGUAUGUGCUCCUACUGUUCAUUCUGUUCUUCAUCCCGGGAGUGGUGAUGAUGGUAGCCUACGGUCUGAUCUCCAGAGAACUCUACCGAGGCAUGCGAUUCGAGAUGGGCCAGAGCACAGAGAACUCUGGACAGAAAAAUGGUGUAAGUAGGGCUUCUGCGGCGCGGUCCAAUGACGAUGAUGAUGAUGGCUGCUACGUCCAGGUAGCUAAAAAGUCCUCCUCCGCUGUGGAGCUCCCCACUGUCUCCGCCACGUCGGCCGCCACCCAGGCCAAGACCGAGCGCGCCCGCAGCAACACGUCAAACGCCAAGCUGCAGGCCAAGAAGCGAGUCAUUCGCAUGCUGUUGGUGAUCGUAGCGCUCUUCUUCAUCUGCUGGAUGCCACUGUACUUCGCCAACACCUGGAAAGCCUUUGACCUGAGGUCAGCAUCCAUGGCUCUCUCUGGAGCCCCCAUCUCCUUCAUCCACCUGCUGUCCUACACCUCUGCCUGUGUCAACCCCAUCAUUUACUGCUUCAUGAACAUGCGCUUCCGCAAGGCCCUGCUGACCACGUUCGCGUGCUGCUGCCGCAGUCGCCUCUGCCGCCACUGCAGGAGGAGUGAAGGAGGAGAAGAUGGCGCCACUGCCACCUCCAUGGCCACGACAAUGGCCACCUCUGUGUCCAAAAUCAGCUACACCACCGUCAGCACCGUCGCCACCUGAUGAAUGAGCGCGGAGUAAAAGCUGGGUGGCUGUCGUACAGCGGUUGCCAUGUGCACCAUCUGUUUUGUCUUCAUUAACCUCCUGUUUUUCACUCUUCAUAUUAACAUGCUGUGAGUCAUGCGCUAAUUCCAAACCCGGCCCUUGUUUAUAAGGUAUUUUUAAAAGGUCUUGUUUAAAUUUCGUAUGCAUGACUGCAGAAUGUGAUGACUGGGGAAAUGCUGUUUCAGCUCCUUUCUUCUUCUUCUUCUUCUUCUUCUUUAAUUGGCACCAUCCGUCGUAUCCUGAAUGGGAACUUCAAGUGCCUGUGCUCUCUGUGUGUCUCUGUCAUGCCAGGUUGUUCACUGGCUGAGACGGAUGGACAUUUUAAGAGACAACUACAUAAGGAAUAUGAAUCCUGUGAACAUGUAUAUACCAUCUUUAUGUUCUGAACACGCCAAAGGUUAUUUGUGACUGUUAAACAGUGAGGACUCUUUAACUCAGUAAUGAAGGAGAAGGGAUUUUAGAUCCUUUUGUGUUUAAUGUUGUUUUAUCUUUAUUUAUUCUGGGUAUCUGUCUUUCUAUGUCUGUUAUUAUUGAAGGAUACACAGUUUGGGUCCAAGUUGGACUCGUAAAUAUUUGAAAAUAUCAUCCUCGCUCUUCUUGUGAGUGUAAGGACGGGUUCAUACUUUCCUCAUCCUUGGCUGCACAGAGACCCGCUAAGGUCUGUGUGAUGUGAAUUCUGCUAUGUUGGCCUGCACAGACCCUACGUGGAUGCAUCCGCUCAAACUUCCAGUUUGAUUACGCGCAGACUGCACAUGCCACUUUUGUAGUUGGCGGCGUGCAAAGAAGAUGGUAACCAUGGAAACUUGAGUGAAGUUAUAUGAGGAAGUCUGCUGGUACCCACGUGUGUGCAAGUCAGCUCUCAAGGAAUACAGGGAAACACAACGGAACGGAACAUGACAGCGAGGACGCAUUUAUGGAACACUAGACUCACGCAAACCCUUGUUUAAAAUAUGGACAGAACCAUGGGUUUGUAUGUAGCGUCAUAAAUGCAGAGCGGUUCUCCAGGAAGCCAAAUGCAUCGCGGAGGCGUAUGAAUACAUGAAUGACAAUGCCAAGUGGGUGACAGCAAAGAUUUACAGGCACCGGCGCUGUCCGAGAGUGGUUUACUGAUGAUGGCAAAGGUGGCAGCAUGGAUCAAAUCACAGACACGCAAUUGGCACACAAAGGAGUGCCUGACUCAACUCUCGUGUCUGGAAGUUUCAAGAAUAUGAGUGACUUCCAUGUCUCUGCUGUGAGUUAGUUUGGGAUUGAUGUGACGUUUGUCUAAAUGUUGUCUUCUGAAAAUGUGUGGACAUCACGCAAUCUGGACCUCAAAUUUAGUGCAAUGCAAAAUAUAUUUGACAUGACAUGACUGGUAAUGGAUAUUGUCCCAUAGAUGAACGACCUCACUGAAUACAACUCAGUCUCUGGUCAUGUGCAUUAUAAAUGAAAAAGGCAAAAACUUUAUCAUAAAAGUUGAUCAAAUCCCCUUAGAGAGAGACGGGGUUUGCUCAUUAAAAAUGCUCUUUUUGCUGACUUUCAUAUCGAUGUAGCCGUUUCUCCUCAGCAGGCCGGCAGGUUGAAGUAUGAAUUAUUAAAAUGAGCAAAGCAUACACUCCAAAUAUUUUGUUUUUAUUUCUUAUUUUUAUACUUUUACCUCCCAAGUUUAAAUCGCAGGUCUUUUAUGGACUUUAGUGGACACUUUAAAAAACAUAAACAAUUGUAAAGAAAUUGUAAGUGAUGUCCUUCCUUGUUUGCCAUUCUCAGUUUAGUGGUGAUGCUGUCUCUUUGAGUCAGCAUUGGGCCGUUUUUGACUGUAAUAAGUGCAUCAUCCAGGCGCAUUCAGUCAAAACAGAUAACAUAAGUGAGACAAACAGCGGGAAUGAGCUGAAACUGAAAGAACUGAUUGACCUUGACCUCACAGCAGUACCUGGCACAAAUUGAAUGCGACAGAGACAUGAGUGUGUGCGGUUUGUUUUUCCUUUCUUAUCUCUUGCUCCCAAUAAAACAACCUAAUUUGGUCCUUGAGGCUGAAAAACACAGCAAAUUGCACUUUGGAACAAAUUAAAUCCAUCACAGGACACACAGAAAGGAGUGAUGGCGCAAAAAACAUGAAAUGUCACUUGAAAAAAAGAUCCCUCGUCAUUUUUCUUUAUAACUCAUUUGCAGGCGCGUCGUGUUUCAAAGUCAAAUCGUUACCAGUUCCGUCAGACAAGUCGCAUCGACAUAAUUGUUACAUGCUAUAGGCUCUGACCUCAUUACGAUUACGCAGAGAUAAUGUGGAUGGAUGAGUAAACACUUUGAUCCUCCUCCCUGUAGGAGCCUGCAGGUGGACGCAGACGCUGAGACAGAAUAUUUGUGUGUUAAAUGGAGCGAUGGUAAUCUCAUUUUCUUUUUCACGUUCCGGCUCACGUCGUCUGUAUAUCACCAAAAAUGAAGAGUUGACUGAUUUCCAUUCAACCUGAAAUCAAUAGUUUCUCACUUAUUUAUAAUCGCUCUCCAGGAGACGGCUGCAAGUUAAAUGUGCCUCUGAUGCAUUAUUUAUUUAUUUAUUUAUUUUUAUUUAAAUCGUGUUCCUAAAAAGAAUAAUUCAUUCUUUCACAAAGAGUGAUUCCUGGAGUUUUGCCUCAGGCCAAGAAUGAAAUAUUUUGUUUUGGCCUACAGCUUCCUGCACCUGAGAACUGUCAGUGAAUCUGCUCUUAUCUUUUCUUUUUUUCAUGUUCUCCGCUCUUCUCUCCUCCCUCAACCUGAAAAGAAGGGAAUGUGGUCUCUUCCUCUUCUCCUCUUCCUUCUCAAAGUUUGGAAAGAUGCUUUGUUCCACUUUCUGAUGCUUGAUUCACAUGUGCUGGUUGAGGCAUCAACGAAAAGGCUUCUCAUUCACUUUGAAUGGAGCAGUGUCAAAGCGAUGCUGACUUGCAUUGUGCCUCUGUUGCUUCACUCUGCAUGUGGCAGAAGUUGAGAUAUUCUCAAGCAUCAGCAAAUCAAAUCACGUCAUGGGAAUAGCUCAGUGUUUAUUUUAGUUAUAGUCUUAUGACCAAACCACCAUUUAGUUUUAGUCAUAUUUUAGUUGUCUAAUGGACUAAAAUCAAAUGGGUUCAAAUCAUCCCAUCUAAUAUGUUAUUAUUAAGGUUUUUAUUUGUCUUAACAGUCAAUUUUUUUUUUUUACAUGUUUAUUUCAAUUUGAAAACGGUGAAACAUCUUCAGCGUAUCAAUAAGUAUUUUAUUUCAAAUCCAAAAUUAGCAUCGGUGGUUUGUUUCAUUUUGAAACCAUAACUUUGUACGUGAAAAUCGAGCAUAUGUCGUCUCUUCUCUUUCUUCCUAACGGUGCCUAAUUUCAGCCACUUUCCUCCCGUGUCCUCCUCCAUGUUGACCUCCGGGUAGAUCAACCUAACCUCUGUAUUGUAGGAGAUAAAAGCCUGAACAUACUGUACUCUGUUCUUUUUCUUGAGGUGGCAAGAACAAGUACAAAGUUAAUUCUGGCCAGGACAGUUCAUACUUCACGAGAAACUCAAGUGCAGAACUCCUGGAAAGUCCUCGUAGGGCAUGACAACGUUUCCACAUUAACCACACCCACUUCAAAUGUCUUUUUUCACAACUGGGAGAGAGAACACAUUUCUCUGUUCUUGCAGAGUAUGUACAGCAGUGGUCUCAAAGUUGCUUUAUUUAUCUUUUAUCUGAUUAGAUCUUGUCUUAUUCUUCUGCUUCUCUUCCCAGUUUGUCCCGCCCUAACAUUUUUGUCUCAUUUUUAUUUGUCGAUGUAAGCGUCAGUAGAUUUCGUCAUAGUUUUUGUCACGUCAACUUUAUUUUUGUUUACUUAACGCCUUGUGUUCGUCAGUGAAAAAGGGUUGUCGACCAAAACAAAUUCUGUCAUAGUUUUUGUCAACGAAUGAACACUGACGCAAGCACAUGCACAUGUGAAUCCAGCGUUGGGAAGUUUCUGCGUUGAUCGUCCAGUUAAAACCUUACAAGUACACAAACAGAGGUGAUGAAGUCACACAUUACUUCCAUUAGGAGUCCUCUGAUUGUGGUUCUGUCCAUGUUUGUGCGUCCGUGAGUGGUAAAUGUUUACCAGCGGUGUCUCUUCGUCUGCAGAAUCCUUUUUAUUUGGACCACAUCUGGUGCCUGCUCGUGCAACACGGUAAAAACAUAAAGUCUAUAACUGUCCGUUAGUCAAACCCUGACACACGUCUGUGAGCAAUUUUAAAUGUGAGGUUGUUCAUGUUGCUUUCAAUGUAUCUCCUGUAUAAUAUGAAUUAUUAUGAUGCAGUCUUGUUAGUCAUGGUUUGGUUCAUGGUUACUGAUGGUGCAUGCAGUAGUGUCUCGCUAAAUGUCCAUUAUUUAACAAAAAUAAAUACAUAUUGGGAAAGAAAA